UAUGAUUUUGACAACUGCCAAAUCAGCCAGCCUCUCGUCCAGUCUGUUGAAAUUAGUGAAAAAAUCCAAUAUACAUCAUAUUUCUGAAUGAAUACCUUGUAGGACUGUGAUAUUGCGCGUAUGUGGCUUGUUUUGAAAUACCGCAUGACAACGUGAUCAGCAAUAUGGCCACGUACGAGGAGUUUAUCCAACAGAACGAAGACCGGGAUGGCAUACGGUUUACGUGGAACGUAUGGCCGUCGAGUAGGAUCGAGACUACAAGGCUGGUGGUGCCCCUAGCAUGUUUGUACCAACCGCUGAAGGAGCGGCCCGACCUGCCGCCCAUUCAAUACGAACCCGUGCUGUGUACGCGUAACACUUGCAGAGCUAUAUUGAAUCCGAUGUGCCAAGUGGAUUAUAGAGCUAAAUUAUGGGUGUGCAACUUCUGCUUCCAAAGGAAUCCUUUUCCUCCACAAUAUGCUGCCAUUUCCGAGCAGCAUCAACCUGCAGAAUUGAUUCCAAACUUCUCAACAAUAGAGUACACUAUCACCCGUGCCCAGACUAUGCCACCGAUAUACCUCCUCGUUGUUGACACAUGCAUGGAUGAAGAGGAACUUGGAGCACUGAAGGAUUCUCUCCAGACUUCAUUGAGUCUUAUGCCACAGAAUGCCCUGGUUGGAUUGAUCACAUUUGGCACGUGGGUCCAAAUCCAUGAGUUGAGCAUAGAAGGCAUUUCCAAAUGCUAUGUCUUCAAGGGUACCAAAGACUUGACAGCUAAACAGAUUCAAGAACAACUGGCUAUUGGUCGUGUUAAUGCACCAAAUCCCCAGCAACAUCCAGGGCAACAAACUCCGUUGCCACCAGCACACCGGUUCCUACAACCUGUUAAGCAAUGUGACAUGGCGCUUACUGAUUUGCUUGGAGAACUUGGGCGUGAUCCUUGGCCUUUGGGCGUUGGUAAGAGACCACUCCGUAGCAGCGGCGUGGCCCUUUCACUAGCUGUGGGUCUGUUGGAAGUAACUUACCCUAACACUGGUGCAAGAAUCAUGAUGUUCCUCGGAGGUCCCUGUUCUCAAGGUCCGGGCCAGGUUGUCAACGAUGAGCUGAAGCAGCCUAUCCGUUCUCACCAUGACAUUCAGAAGGACAACGCCAAGUACAUGAAGAAGGCGAUAAAGCAUUAUGAAGCAUUGUCAUUUAGGUCCUCCAGCAACGGUCAUUCAAUUGAUAUCUACUCAUGUGCCCUAGAUCAGACAGGUUUAAUGGAGAUGAAACAGUGCUGUAAUUCUACAGGUGGCCACAUGGUAAUGGGUGAUUCUUUCAAUUCAUCCCUAUUUAAGCAGACAUUCCAGAGAGUAUUCGCUAAGGAUACGAAGGGUGAUUACAAGAUGGCCUUCAAUGGAACAUUAGAAGUGAAAUGCAGUAGAGAACUGAAAAUUUCGGGCGCAAUCGGUUCGUGCGUAUCUCUGAACGUGAAGGGUCCGUGCGUGUCUGAUCAGGAGGUGGGGAUGGGCAACACCUGUCAGUGGAAGAUGUGUACCUUCACACCCAGCACCACUAUGGGGAUAUUCUUCGAGGUGGUAAACCAACACGCCGCAGUCCCUCAAGGUGGUCGCGGCUGCGUGCAGUUUAUCACGCAGUACCAGCACUCCAGCGGGCAGAGGCGCGUGCGCGUCACCACCGUCGCUCGAAAUUGGGGCGACGCGGCGGUGAGCAUGCACCACAUCGCGGCCGGGUUCGACCAGGAGGCGGCGGCGGUGGUGAUGGCGCGGCUGGUGGUGUACCGCGCCGAGCUCGAGGACGGGCCCGACGUGCUGCGCUGGCUCGACAGGAUGCUCAUCAGACUGUGUCAAAAGUUCGGCGAGUACGGCAAGGACGAUCCGAACAGUUUCCGUCUAUCGGAGAACUUCAGUCUGUACCCGCAGUUCAUGUACCACCUGCGUCGUUCGCAGUUCCUGCAGGUGUUCAACAAUUCGCCAGACGAGACCACAUUCUAUAGGCACAUGUUGAUGCGCGAGGACCUCACCCAGUCGCUGAUCAUGAUCCAGCCGAUCCUGUACUCGUAUAGCUUCGGCGGCCCGCCGGAGCCCGUGCUGCUGGACACCUCCUCCAUACAACCCGACAGGAUAUUACUCAUGGAUACGUUCUUCCAGAUACUUAUAUACCAUGGAGAGACCAUAGCGCAAUGGCGCGCUCUCCGUUACCAGGAUAUGCCGGAAUACGAGAGUUUCGCCCAACUGCUCCGCGCUCCCAUCGACGACGCGCAGGAGAUACUGCAGAGCCGCUUCCCCGUGCCGAGAUAUAUUGAUACCGAACAUGGUGGAUCACAGGCCCGGUUCCUCUUGUCGAAGGUGAAUCCGUCGCAAACGCACAACAAUAUGUACGCGUACGGAGGGGCGAUGCCGAUACCAUCUGCGGACGGUGGCGCCCCCGUGUUGACGGACGAUGUUUCGCUGCAAGUAUUCAUGGAGCACCUAAAGAAGCUGGCGGUGUCCUCCACCGCCUAAAUGACGAUUGUGUGCAGUAUUGGAACUGUUACCUUACGUACAUGGUUUUUGUAGGUGUCGAUAACAGGUGCCGUUACCUUAAUGUGGAUUAUGGAACUAUUGUGGUCGUCUUUUUUUAAUUGUUAAAACAGGUAUAAUUGCGCGAUAUUUUAAUACUGUGGCAGUAGGUGAUAAAUAUACAUCGCAUUUAUUCGUAUAAUUUGAUAGUGUUAUUAACUAAUGCUAUUUUGUCAUUGUAAAAAUAAUGGUUAGUUCAUGAAAUAGAGAUUAAUUAUGUCAUUGUUGAACACUGUUAAUGAUUUUCUACAAGGACAUGAUCGCUAUAAUAUCAUUUUUCAUCAUUAAAUGCCAGGAACUUAGGUGAUUAGCAAGUCAGUAACAUUGUAUUAAAUUGGUUAUUUGUACGUGACUAUGUGUGUAAAACGUAACUUGUAAAGGCAUAAAGGACUCGUUAGUAUUAAACAUCGUUUAUUCUUUGAAGGUACUCAGAUUAAGACAAUACGAUGACUAUAUAAUGAGAAAAUGUUCUAAGUAUGCGCCGGAGUUGUUGAAAGGUACAAUGUUAAAUAAAUAAGGGAAAUAUAUACGUAUAUUCUUUGCGGCAACUCAUGAAAUCUCAGUAUGGACUUGUCAGAAUUUAAAGCCAAGGUCAUUUACUUUCAUCAUAUUAAUUCGAAAUGUAUGUGCGGUGUAGAAAACUUACCUUAACUCUUUUGAAUAUAUUUGAGAACAGGAAAUAGUCUAAUAUCUAAUUCUGUAGUGGGGACAGUUCCAUAGAUUGUGUACACAGUUUAAAAAUAAUCUUUAAUAAUUUAAGUUAUAUUUUCUACAAUAUAUUGUACAUUUAUGAGAUGCAAUAAAAGUGUUUAUGGAAUAUA